GAUUAGGAAGGUGCACACUCCGGUUUGGACAGUCGUUCAUUCGGUCUGGACAAUGCAUACACCUUCUGGAUGGUGUAUGCAUUUCUGAGCACUGAACAUGCUCAUUUUGAUUUUAAACAAAACUAAUUAGCCUAUUAUUUCAUACACAUUCAUAUCGACUGAAAAGGGAUUCCUUCGCGGAUUGAUCGGGAGUGAUAUGAUAGCGUUUGACCUCGUGAGUCGUAAGAGAAUCAUUUAGACAAGUUUAUUAUUUUUUGAUGUGGCUGCAGACAACCGUUUGUGUGUCAGCCUUUUAAAAUCGUUAUUCUGAUGUAUUCUUGUAACUAACGACAUUGCUUUCAUUUCCUGUUAUGUUUUUGGACCAUAAACACUUGCAACCUACAUAUAGUCACUGCAUAAUGCAUAAGUCUUUUUUCGAUUUUCCUUGAACUUUAUCCUGUCAAUUUUAAAGAUUUCAUAAACAGGCUGUAGCCUACAUGUCAGUGAACGAUUCUGUUGCUUACAUUUGGAUUCGUGCCGUGCCAGCAUUACACUGACUAUGGAGAUUCCCGUUGGGUUAGGAGGAGUUUCCGAUCCCACGAAUGCCGUCUUUCGUGGACCUUACCAAAACGUGUUUCAUAGCCUUAAAGCGGCAUUUCAGAGUCACGGCGCCGUCUCUAGAAACUUAGACUUUCCAAGUAAAAAGUGCGUUUUUUUGCAGAACAGACAGCCCAGUGAAAUGCGCCACAGCAGCAGGCAGCCACCCUGUAUUGGACUCGGCCUAUUUUACGGGAACCCUUGUUAUUCGGAUACAGGGAUAAAGGACGAGGCAGCGUGUUUUUCCAAACAACCCGACGCUGGAGCCGGACUUGGUCUUUUCACUCAAAGCUCAUUGGAUAUUGAAGACGCGACCGCUUCUCAACUCCAGUCAGACAAUAGGGAGGUGCGAACGAACGGUCCUCUUCUGUCCGGAUCGCGGGGCUGCAAACAGAGGCAAGCAUAUCCCAUGCCUACAGCGCCAGAGCACAGGAAGGACAUACAAGCGAGCAGUGACAACUGCGUGGUGAAUGGUUGUUCUGAGCCUGCCGGUGGCACCAUCUCAGAAACUGCACGGGAGCUGUGCAACGCCGUGUCUGUGUCUCUGGGCUUGAAUUUAGACCUUAAUGAGAUGACGGACCGGGGUCCAAACCGCGCGUCCCCAUCCGCUGAAAGUGAGAGAAACUACUCAUUUGAAGUGCCUUCCUGUGAGUGCGAUGGGGUUGUGGCGAAUGACUCGGCGACAGACUACAAAUGCUCGAAUGCAAGCGAAGAGAUGACAAUGUUUAAGUUAAACACCGCGAAUGAAUUGAGAGCACCCCAUGCUAAAUGGGAUGUUCGUGCAGAUUUGCAUGCGAAGACAGACGACUCAGGUCGCAAGGACUCUUACAGUGGCAUAAGUAUGGAUGGGACUCCCUCCGUCUACUUUCGGUUCGACCAACUGUUGCCAGCAAACCCGGCACACUCCGGGCAAAACGUACCACUGUCAGCGGAACCAGACAGCGACGCGUCUCUCGUCUUGUACAAAUCAACGUGCUUUGAAAACAAAGUCGAAGAGAACACAGACGAAAGAUUUAUUGGACAUAAUAUACAAUACAGUGUUAAAGUGAAAGCAGAAGACGUUAACAAGACACCUGGAGGGGCAUGGGGUAUUCAGUACAGAUGUAAUGAAAACUGCAACAUACCCUCUGUACCCCCUAUAACACGUGGGCAUCCUGACAGAGCCGGACUGUAUAACUCGUUUGUUUUUAAUCCUUGUGCAUACGGGAGAAAUGGUGGGUUUUUCCUGAGAGAAGGACCGUCCUCUGAGCAGGGGCAUCUGACAGGGAUGGUCGGCCACGUACCUGGCUCUUCCUCCAUGAAAAAAGAGGAUGAAGACCGACUGGGUGGACAUUAUUCGAAUGUCAAGUGUGAGGGUGAUCGGGAAAAUGUGUUCCCAAUGGAGUUCUUCUUCCCACCCCAGAGGUCUUGCCUGAUAUGUGGGGACGAGGCGUCCGGAUGCCAUUACGGGGCUCUCACCUGUGGCAGCUGCAAGGUGUUCUUUAAGAGGGCUGCAGAAGGGAAGCAGAAAUACCUCUGCGCCAGUGUCAAUGAUUGCACCAUUGAUAAACUCAGAAGGAAGAACUGUCCAUCUUGCCGUCUUAAAAGGUGCUUUGAAGCUGGGAUGACCCUUGGAGCCCGAAAGCUGAAAAAGAUUGGACAGCUGAAGUCUCCUGAGGACCAGUCCAGCCAAGGACUAGCAAGUGGUGUACAGUGUAUCUCUCCCAAAUCCAGUUUCAGUUUCCAGACCAAGUCCAUAUUCCUUAAUAUCCUGGAAGCCAUUGAGCCAGUGGUGGUCAAUGCCGGGCAUGACCAUGCCCAACCAGACUCAGCCGCUACGCUCCUGACCAGCCUGAAUGAGCUAGGCGAGAGACAGCUUGUCAAAGUUGUCAAAUGGGCAAAGGGGCUACCAGGUUUUCAAAAUUUGCAAGUGGAUGACCAGAUGACUGUCAUUCAGCACUCUUGGAUGGCAGUGAUGGUCUUCGCUUUAGGAUGGAGGUCCUAUAAGAAUGUGAACUCGAGAAUGCUGUACUUUGCUCCUGACCUGGUUUUCAAUGAACACCGUAUGCGCAUCUCUACCAUGUAUGAACACUGCAUCCGCAUGAAGAACUUCUCCCAAGAUUUUGAGUUGCUCCAAGUCACCCAAGAAGAGUUCCUCUGUAUGAAAGCACUGCUUCUUUUCAGCAUCAUCCCAGUGGAGGGUCUGAAAAGCCAGAGAUACUUUGAUGAACUGCGGAAGACCUAUAUUAAUGAGCUUGACCGCCUCGUCAGCAACAGUAGCAAGACCAACUGCUCAGAGAGGUUCUACCUUUUGACCCGCCUUAUGGAUUCCCUUCAACCAGUCGUGAGGAAGCUCCACCAGUUUACAUUUGACCUUUUUGUGCAAGCCCAAUCCCUCCCCACUAAGGUCAACUUUCCGGAAAUGAUCUCGGAGAUCAUAUCCGUGCACGUGCCAAAGAUCCUUGCUGGCAGAGUCCAGCCAAUCCUAUUCCACAAGCAGCAGUUCUGCAAUUCUUAGGUUCAGCGUUUCUUUCCUCAUGGCUCAAUGUACGAUUUACAAAGAAAGAUGACAGUGUUACGGUUUGGCUGUCAAGCUUGUUUUUUUUUCCAUGUACUGGCUUUAGCAUUAAACUUGUCUGUCAAUGUGCUCAUAAGGCCUGUUCCCAUAUAUUUCUUUACAGUAUAUUUGUGUUUUACCCCUUGAGAUAAACGUUAAGAUCCCAUGGAUGCAGGAAAAUACAUUUGUUCUUUAAAACUGUUAACAAAAACAAAGAGGAAGGUUUAACUAUGCACAGGUCUCUGUUUCUAUAGUUAUUACAUUAAUAAUUAGUAUAUGGUCAUCAUAAUUUCUCUUAAUCAAAUACCUUGCAUAUAGCAAAUUUAUCAACAGCAUACUUAUUAAUGUCUGUAUCGAUAUAACCACAUGGCUGUACAUAUACAUAGAUUUCUAUAAAUACGUGCAUACAUAUAGAACGUAAUAUAUAUAUACAUUACA